AUGGGAGCAGUUUUCCUGACUGGGACGUAUGCAGGAAUUAGCAGCAGGGACAGAUGGUCGGAAAAGCCCAGAAGAGACCUGCGGGCGACUUAUGUGGUGCUUGAGGGCGACCUGGCGCCCAUGGUCAGAGCAGCCUCAGUGUACUCAGGAGUGUUCACACAGAUCUUUAGAGAGGAGAGAGGCCUGUACCAGGACAAGGUGUUCUGCUUCAUCCAUCUGAGUGUUCAGGAGUUUCUGGCUGCUCUUCAUGUCCACCUGACCUUCAUCAACUCUGGACUCAACCUCAUGGAGGAAGAACAACAGAAAAAGUCUUGGUUUUCUACAUUUUUUGAAAACAGUCCAGUCCAGUUCUACCAGAGUGCUGUGAAUAUGGCUUUACAGAGUCCAACCGGACACCUGGAUUUGUUCCUCCGCUUCCUCCUGGGUCUUUCACUGCAGACCAAUCAGAGUCUCCUACGAGGUCUGACGACUAAGACAGGAAGUAGCUCACAGACCAAUCAGAAAACAGUCCAGUUCAUCAAGAAGAAGAUCAGUGAGGAUCUGUCUGCAGAGAAAAGCAUCAACCUGUUCCACUGUCUGAAUGAACUGAAUGAUGGUUCUCUAGUGAAGGGGAUCCAACAGUUCCUGAGUUCAGGACGUCUGUCCACAGAUAAACUGUCUCCUGCUCAGUGGUCUGCUCUGGCCUUCAUCUUACUGUCAUCAGAAGAUGAUCUGCAAGAGUUUGACCUAAAGAAAUACUCUGCUUCAGAGGAGGCUCUUCUGAAGAUGCUGUCAGUGAUCAAAGCCUCCAACAAAGCUCUGUAA